UUCUUUUAUCCAUCCCCACUUCACACUUCCUGUUUAAUUCUUGUCAUAUAUUAACACAGGUUUUUUUUUUAAUUUCCUUUCCUUUUGUUGCAAAUUUAAUUGAAAAUGGAUUUAACAGCAGCACAGUCUCUAUCCCAUGCCAAGAUCCCAGGCUGCUCAGCUUCUAUAGCUCCACCCAUCUUUCAUUCUAAAACCUCUCUUCUUGCUCAUAAUUUAAUCCCUUUUCACUCUUCAAAGGUUACCCUUUUGCCACAACAACAUGGUUUUAGAAUUAAAACAAGAAAGCACAGGAGUCUUGGUCCUAUUCAUGCUUCUGAAGGUGAAAACACAGUCAGAGAUGUUCAGGAUAAGUGGAUUCUUGAACCUGUUGGUGAUGGAGAUUCAAGGCACAUAGGUUACCAGGUUAAAAUGCCAGACGCAUUUGAAAUUGCUUCUAAUGAGGUGACCGUUGGCCGUCUUCCUGAAAAGGCAGAUAUGGUGAUUCCAGUUGCAACAGUAUCUGGUGUUCAUGCCCGUCUUCAGAAGAAGGGAGAAAAUCUGCUGGUUACAGAUUUGGACAGUACUAAUGGGACAUUCAUCAAUGAAAAGCGGCUGAGUCCGGGAGUUGUUGCCGCUGCAUCAUCUGGAAGUUUUAUCACCUUUGGUGAUAUUCACCUUGCAAUGUUUCGUGCCUCGAAGAUUGAGAGUGCAAGCAAACCAGAGGAAUCUGAAGAAAGAGAAGAGACGGGUAGUAGUGGCUCAAUUGAUGGGAAUGAAACAAGUUAAAACCUACUUAAAUUUGUGAAAGAGAAAUGAAUGAACCAAUAGAGAGCAUUAUAAUAUUUACAUGUACGUUCUCCUUCCCAAAUUUUUCUCCAAAUUAUGUUUGAGAAAAAAUAAAAUAUAUGCCCAUUUCCAGUA